AUGGCUCAAAUUAUUUAUUGUUUAGAGACUUAAUUCCCAAGUUAAGAAUUUGGUCAAAAAGAGAAUUAUUUAGUUAUUUUAGUAUCGAAGUGUUUGCUGGUAAACAUCAAAAAGCUCAAGUAUUCUUCUAUUUAUGAAAUUUAGAGUUAUGGGAAAUAAAUAUAUUCAAUUAUUGCUAAGUUAAAAUAAAUUAAAAAUCAGUUGCAAAAUUAAAAUUAAUAAUAAUAAGUUUACAAGAUUCUAAAUAUGA